UUGUUGCAUGUGUGGGGCAACAUAGUUUUGGCUAUUGGAAUAUGAGGGUAGAUCUUCAGCCACUAAUGUUGAACUGAACAUCAAGUUGGUUGUAGGACACUCUUAAUAUUUUAGAGUUGAUGAAAGCUCGGGGAAAAUAAAUAUAAUUUUGAUUUGUUUUAGUAGUUGUGCACUUGACACAGAGAGAGAGGCAGAAACUGCAGGUGUGGUCUCGAAUUAUGCCUUACAGAGAGUCCUUCACUUGGGCUAUUGUUCCUUUAUUUGAUAAUAGCAUUGGUGCAGCUUCUGGUGGAUCUGCUUCUUCUAGUAGCCCUUUUGCUCCCAGCAUGUCUGGGUCUAGUUCCCAUGAGGGUGUCCUUGAAUAGUAACCUUAGAAGAUGUGGUUGAGGAGAUUGAUGGAGAAAUCUUUGAUGAAAAUGAUUCAAAGGAGGAGAUCCAGAAGAAAAUUGGCUAUAUUGUAAUGAGAGCGAGGGAGUAUAUGAUGUUGAGGCCAAUUCAUCUAUUUAUUUGCCAUCUGAGGACUUGAAUACCAAAAUGCCAGAGGUAUAUAAUUCCACCCUAUUAUUGGUUUUUGUUGUUAUGGUGUAUAGAGCACCGAAUGGAGUAUUUGAACUUUAAAGCUAAAAACUCAGUUAUUAGGAACGUUUCUACAUUUGAUUAUUUCUGUAUUGUACACUUCUCCUGCCAUUUCCACAGGCUCAUUAAAAUUUAAUUUCUGUCACAUAGUUGAUCAUAGGAAUCUUAAAAACAAGCAUGCUUAUAAACUUGAUAUUUUUUAUCGCAGUUGCAAGGGAAAUUCUGUUUAUUGUGACCAUUGAACAUCAGUAUGAGACAGUAUCGGGUUUUUUAUGCAAAGGAUUUGGAUACGUUCCUAAAGCUAGUGAGAGCAUCAAAGUUGUCCUCGAAAGGGAUAAUCAAGAUGAUGAUGAUGAUGAUAAGCACGAUGAAGAUGGAUCCAAUCAUCAAGAGGUGAAGGCAUCAAAUAUACAGACUUGAGGUAGGCUAAAAGCACUGAAUGGAUUUCAGUGAAAAAAAACUAGGAAAGAAAAAGCAUGUAGCAAGCAAUCAUGCAGUCGCUUCCAUGUGUAACUUUCUGAAAUGAAUGCUAUUAUGAGGGCAUGCAUUUGUUCAUGGAGGAAUCUGCUUUUAUAUUGCUCAUCCUAUUAGAUGCUUCAUUUGGUGGCUCAGUUUGCUAAAUUAAACUUAGCAACUGAUAAUAAUAACUCACAUGCUCCAUUUUUGUGUAACAUUCAAGUUUAAACAUUUUUUCUGGAAAAUAAAUUAUACAUGUGAUA